AUGCAAGAAAGAUCCACAGAAGAGCUCCACAGCAGCCGACCAUGUGAGAGCAACCUAAAUGAGCAUGCUGGACUACUGGUUAACAGAAGCAGAAAAACAAUGGUGACAGGAGGUGGAGGCUACCUGGGAUACAAUCUGGGAUGUGCUCUUGUUAGGUCAGGAAUUGCUGUUGUUCUGUUCGAUGUACGGAAACCUAAAUGGGAAAUUCCGAAUGGAGCAGAUUUUUUCAAGGGUGAUGUGAGGGAUUAUGAUGCAGUGUUCACAGCAUGUGAAGGGGUCGACUGUGUUUUUCAUGUGGCUGCAUGUGGAAUGUCAGGAUUAGAACAACUUCAAAAGAAAGAUCAGAUUGAAUCCAUAAACGUGGGAGGCACAAAAAUAAUAAUAGAUGUCUGCAAACAAAGAAAUAUCCCUAGACUGAUAUAUACCAGUACAGUGAAUGUGGUAUUUGGAGGGAAUCCUAUUGAAGAAGGAGAUGAAGAAACUGUGCCGUAUUUUCCACUGGAAAAGCAAUUUAAUCAUUAUUCUAGGACAAAGGCAAUUGCAGACCAAAUGGUUCUUGCUGCUAAUGGAACUUUACUCAAAGGAGGGGAUAAGCUCCAUACUUGUGUGCUGCGUCCACCAGGCAUAUAUGGACCAGACGAGCAGCGCCAUCUGCCACGAGUAGCCGUAAAUAUCCAGCGGAGAUUAUUUAACUUCAAGUUUGGGAAUCACAAAGUUCAGAUGAACUGGGUUCACAUAGGAAAUCUAGUACAAGCUCACAUACUAGCUGCUGAGGCUCUCACCUCUGAGAAGGGAUAUAUAGCUAGUGGCCAGGCAUAUUACAUACAUGAUGGUGAAAAUGUCGUAUUUUCUGAAUGGAUAGUCCCUUUAUUUGAAAAAUUAGGCUACAGAAAACCCUGGAUACAUAUUCCCGUUCUCCUCGUUCAUAUAGCAGCCACUGUGAUGGAGUAUCUGCACGUGAUACUAAAGCCUGUUUUUAGCUUUACACCUUUCUUGACAAGGAAUGAGGUGUGGAACGUUACUGUGACUCACACUUUCCGAAUAGACAAGGCACAAAAUCAGCUGGGUUACAAACCAGAGAAAUUCUCAUUUGCUGAUUCUGUGGAUCAUUAUAUUAAAACAAGACCCACUUGCCAAGAAGAUCACUUGCUCCUUAAAAUGCUGUUUGCUUUUGGCAUUUUAAGUUUGAUCAUUCUUUCUUUUUUCUAA